AGCUGAAAACCGAGCCAGGCCCUUGAACGAUAGGGCCAGUAUUUUGGCAACCUUUCGCAAUCACUAUCUAGGCUAGGCACGGAAGCUGCGUUUGCGCAAGGGGCACAGGAUGUACGCGCGUGGGCCUAUCUACGUCCGGCCAAUCGCGCGGAUCCGACAUUACGCCAAAGAACUUAUGAGUCGAUUCAGAUACCGUUUCUGUUGGAACUGCAGAUGUCAAAACGAGUACCACGAUGUGCACAAUAACUUCAAUGGCCCUGACACAGUUAAAUCGAUAUUUAACAAAGCUGUCACAAUUUACACGAAGAACCUAAAUCAAUAGGGCCAAGAUAUUGAUAGCUGAAGUCAUAAGUGCAUUGAAAACGUUCGACACCAUUUUAAUAAUAAUAUGAAAAUUGUAUAAAAUUUCAAAUUGGUAACAUACUUUCUAACAUUACACUGGUAUGUAACUCUCGAAGCCAACAUGCGGGAAAAGCAACCGUCAAUAGACCCUUACAAUAAAAUGCCCAUGAAUCCGGCUUGCAUCAAAGUAUGCUCCAAAGAGGAAUACUGGAAGAGAGUCCGAGGCAUCAAGCCACCAAAACCUCCACUUCCACACAUAGGACACGGCAAAAUUAUCUACCUGGUUAAAGCUGGCAUCCUGGCCGGGUCGCUGUAUUGGACUGUGCGACAGGGAGUGUGGGGCGAUCAACAGGACGUCACAGAAACCAUGCGGCGUUGGCAAGAGUACAUCCGAAGCAUUAACACGAGACGCCCCCCUGCGUUCGACAAAUGCGGCAAUGUUAUUUUAAAAGAGCAAGACAGCAUUAUUUCGCCAAUAUAUGCCCUUUACAAGAGCUUCGUCACCAAUAUUUUUUCAGGUAUAUACAAGUUUCCAGUUGUAAUCAAGUGUAUGUACAUCGACUAUCUAAACGAGUUAGAGAAAAACCGCCGAGAUGCAAAGGCCAGACGAUAAGGAACAGCUGCCAAUCGUACCAACAAAUAAAUUUGAUACAACUUGUCCUAUUUUUUCGGAAUCUACU